CUUCAAUCGUGUCAAUCGUGCUGCGGUGAUUUUAAAACCAUCGUGGAAGAACUUUCUUCUUACGGCAAGUAGAGGAACAUUACUCAUUCCUGUUGUAUGCUGAUCUGAUCUGGAGGCAUUGCUGGUCAAGUGGACUUGGUCAUUUAAGAAAUGGCAGAUAAAGCCAAUGAUUCUCAGCCUGCCACUAACAACAAAACAGAUGAUGGACCCCCACCAGCCUAUAGCUAUCCGGUAGAUGCCCCACCCCCAUACCCUCAGCAGUCUGGUUACCCUGGGCAACCUGUUCAACAAAUCCAGCCUGGUUACCCAGAACCUCCUGGUUACCCUGGGCAACCUGGUUACCACGCACCACCUGGUUACCCUGGGCAACCUAUGUAUCUUGGUGCUCCUGUGGGUGGCUUCAUGGUCUCAACAGCUCAACCUGGUCCAGCCUACAUGGUGCAACCAGUGCCACAAGCUUCUCCCCCUGACUAUCAGGGUUUGGCAUGGUUUGCCUGCCUUUGUUGCUGCUGGCCUCUUGGUAUUGUGGCAAUACUAAAAUCUAAUGAGGUUCGGAACUCCGUGGCCCGAGGUGACUACAAUGCUGCCACAAUUGCUUCAAACUCAGCACGGAAUUUUGCUUAUAUGGCUAUUGGUCUUGGAAUUACAUUUUUUGUCAUGUACGUCAUUGCAAUAGUUAUGAUUUUCACUUUUCUGAGUGUCCACUAAUUUAAGUCAAGCCUCUCACUGAGUCAACAAGUACAAACUGUCAUCAAAAGUGCAAAUCUAAUGAUAACUAGUAUUUAAUAUUUUUUCAUUAUCUUAGCUAGCUACAAUUUGUGGUUUUGGUUGAACUUCAAAUGCUAAUUAUGUAGUUAUUUCAAUUUAUGUGAGGUAGUUAAAUGCAUUGCAAAAUUUUUUCAAACCUUUGGCUGGCAGACAUGUUAUUUGCUACAUGUCAGUUCUGGUGGUGAACAAAAUUUCGGAAUAUGAAAAAUAGAGUGAAGUAGUUUUAAUUUGGAAUCAAAUUCACAUAUUUUUUCAUUAUUUUGUUAGUUAGAUCAACUGAGGCAGUUUGUUCGAAAAUAUGGGCUAAUCAAGUUAUUUAAUAAUUUAUGGUGUGUAAAUUUUAACUUAUAUAUUUAAGUAGGAUGGUGUGAUGUACCUGUAGUCUUAUUUAGUGGAAACAUUUAUUUCAAGGGAAAAAGCAUGACUGUUAUAUUUUAUAAUUUUUUCUCCAAUUUUUUCAUGAUAUUUUUAUUGUCAAAAGCAACUCUGAAGAUUGACAACAAAAAAGUCGAGACCUGACGUGAUCUGUAAACCCUAAUUUAGAAGGUGUUUUGCAAAACAGAUACAAUACUGGCUAGCUUUUCAGUUGUGGUUUAUGUUUUGUCAUUGUUUUCUUAUGGAAACUUAAUCUUUAGUACAAUGUUGGACUUUUUUGUUGGUAAAUGUAGAAGGUGGGCAUGCAGGUUAUUGUUAAUCAUUCAAACUUGAGCCCUCAGCCAAUAAUAUUAACACAUUUUGCAUGUGUUUCUAGUCUUCAUGAUUUAAAAUAUUUUAGUUUUGUUUAUUUGCAUAGCCUUAUGCUCUACUCACAAGAGCAAGGAGGAUGAGUGAGUGAGUGAGUUUUGUUUGUGAAUAGACUUAAAAAAAUUUCAAACUUAAUUAUUGCUACAGCUAUAAAUGUAGGUAGAAUUUCUUCACCUUAUUGUGCUUGUGGUUAAUACCAUUGGUUUUGUUGCAGUAGUGAUAAAUACUAUCUCUAGCAAAUGUUUCAGUCAGGGGAACGAGUACCAGUUGAUUGAUGAAUUCCAGUCUUCAAGACUGGAACGAGGUCACAGCUUUACCAUUAAUUUGUUAAACAACUAUAUUCACACCAUGAUGGCAUGACAAUUGGGUGCUCGCGUUAUUCGGUUCAGCAGAGGUUAUUUUGUGAAGAAAAAAAACUGGUUUUUGUUCCCCUUUACCGGGUUGGGUCAGGUGUAAAUUGUGCGUGUGAUUACUCGUAAAUUAUAAUGCUGAAUUUUCCCCUGGGGGUCUCCCAUAUAAAAAAGAUGGGUUGCUCAUCAUACCUUUUAGGGAUUAAAAGAGUGGUUUGGUACCUCUUAGGUGUUCAGCCUCAAAAGGUCCACAGCAGGAGGUUUCGCAGGACCUUUUAGGAUAUGAGCAGAAAAGAAUAUGAGAGGAGAUAUUUGGCAAUCAACUUUUAUGAGUAGAAGGUGUUUAGAAACAAUUGUCUUUAUCACUGUUAAAUUUACAUCCUAGAUAAAUCUGUGGUACAUCUUGAGGGUGAAAAAAAAAAUUUCAAGCCACACCCACAAAUCAGGAUCUUGCUACCUAUUUUUUCAACAUUUCAGUUGAGGACCCCUGUCCUGUUUAUAUGGGAGUCACCGGGGAAGGGGGGAAUUUUCAUGGAAGUCAGAUAAGGCGUAUAAAAAUACAUUUAUAACAAGACA